GCGUGUAUUUUGGCAUGUUGUACAUGCUUGUACAUGGCGUGCAUGAAAAGUACAAGGACUUGCUUGUACACUUGAACAAAUAUUCAACAAGGGCAUGCGACGCCUUCUGCAGGUUGCCAUCCGCCGCAAAACGUCAUGUUAUGCAGGGCUUGCUACUGGGCGAACUUUUUAUAAGCUCAGGAGUGGGACUGUAGUACCCCGCUGCCAACAAAACAAUCACACAGCAGCCGAAGACCAAUCUUCACUUAAAAACACGCUGUACAUCAAUGGUUUUUGCUCAGAACACAUCGCGAAGGAAGCGUCCCAUGUGUCACAGGUGCGGGUCGACUAUGGCAGGCCACACACGAAAGAACAACAUGUUCAUCUGCCCUGGGCCUGCUGAGAGUAAAUCGCACCUUCAUUUAUCCCCCGACACCCCCCCACCUACAUACGAGUUCCACGGCUUCCAGGUUCCACCUGGCGACCGCUGGCACUGGCGAAACCCUAAUUGGGUCUCGCCACCGCGCGAGAGACCACAUGAGAAGGCUCACCGCACUGUGUCCCUCACACCUACAGAGCCUCUGUCCGAUGAAGGGCCAGGAAAGGAAAACAUCUCGCCCUUCCCUAUGGAACAUUCUCCUAGUCCUGGCUAUCCAGGCGACGACUGGGCCGAUAGUUCGGACUCUUUGGACUAUUAUCCCAACUUUUCCAUCAAGGAAGAAUCCCCUGAACCGCAGUUUGAUACCUACAUAUCGGGCUGCUCUCGCUCGCCGCCUCCCCGCGAAUGGUCCCCAUUCUCGCAGUCGCCUAUCACCGAUAUAAGCCUUAACACGGCCCUCCGUGCAGGCACGCCAUUGUACAGCGUGUACCGCGUCCCGCGUCAAGACGUCCCAAAAGUCCAACGGACUGCACAACGCGAGGGGAAACUCUUGAGCGUGAUGACAGCCCCUCCCGCACACCUCGCCAAAAUCCCACGCGAGAAAUCGCGAGAGACGGUGUGGGUCAUUCUCAGUGAUCGUGAGGAAGACCUCCAGUACGCAGUACAUUCCCAACGUAUGCCAGGCGCCUUUGCCCAGGGCACGACGACGGACUUUAGCGACUCCAAAAGUGACACAGUAGCUCCGGUCACGCAGAAUGCACCGUUCUAUAAUACUGUGGGUCAGCGCAAUGCGACCUUUGAUCAGUCGAUGUACAGUAUUCCUGGUGGGAUGGCGAUUCAAGAGAACUUGCGAUCCGCCGGUCAUGGGUUUCUUCAGAUGGCAUUUGCGGGGAUUAUCGGUGGCCUUGUCGUCACCUACGGACGGGCCCUCUUGUAGCGAUUCGGGGCAUCCAUCCAUCAGUGGUAUUGGGUUGGGAAUUGACGAUAAGCAUUGUACGUUACUUUUCUCGUUGGGCUGCCGAUACGGACGAUCUAUGCCAAUAUUCUGCUACUAUAUGC